AUGUUGCAGUACGCAUUGGUGCAUAGGGACGGUGAGAAACGACAAAUACGAACUGAACAACUCGUGGUUGGUGAUAUUGUUGAGGUGAAAGGUGGUGAUCGUGUGCCGGCAGAUAUUCGCGUCAUUUCAGCUUUCGGUUUCAAGGUGGAUAACUCAUCGCUGACUGGAGAAUCAGAGCCUCAAUCGCGCUCUGCCGAAUGCACCAAUGAGAAUCCACUUGAGACUCGCAAUAUCGCUUUCUUCUCGACGAAUGCUGUCGAAGGAACUUGCAGAGGAAUUGUCAUAUACACUGGUGAUAGAACUGUAGGUCCUCAUUCGUUUUCAAGUAAAUGA